UAUCACUAGAUGUGCGGAGGUCCCACCGUGGCCGAUACAAAUUCCCAUCGACGACUGACACCUCCUUACAUCUGCUGAACAGGAUCCCUCGUCCUUCGCAUGACAUCAGAACUUACCAGUGUGGCAGAUGUAUGUCAGCAAGUGAACCUCUUGUAAUACGAAGAUAAGGGCAUAUUCUCAAGCUUUCCGUCGCCGUUCGAUGCUGGCGUUUUCGGUCUCAGGGCGGAAGGGAACUGUGCACGGGGACUACUUAUACUGUUGUGUCGCAUCUAUCUUGCUCAGUGCCUUGUCUCUUGUCGCCAUGAAAUCCAUCCGCGCAAUCCUGGUCUACGUCCUUGCUCUGGUAUCCGUUUCCACCGCCAUACCCACCAUCGACGAACGGGAUUCCGCAGUCGCUGAGUAUGUACGCGACAUAGCUCACGCGGAUGAACUCGAGCAGCGUGGUCACGCUAUAGACCUCCCUGAACGUGACGUGCGCGAGAACUCUGUGCUCGAGGGACGUGCUGGGUCAACUUACGACAUCAUGGUCGAAGGUGAAUUUGAAUGGGCCCAUGAUUUCCACGGUGUUAACUUAGUAUUGAACUAUAUGCGAUAGGUGAUGAUGAUGUGGAGUCCGGAAGGUGCGCUGCCUCGUCUCGCAUAGCACUGUGUCGACGAUCUGAUUGACUGAGUGGUUCAAGUGCCGAUAUCUGACGGCCUGCAGUCUAUCGAGUCUAUAUGCACUUUGUCAAUGCCAAUCGAUGAUCAAGGAGGCGACUGCU